AUGGAUUCUUCUUUUAGGGAUUUCCGUGACAGGAUUAUUGUAAUUUACCUAGAUGACUUGACCGUGUUCUCUAAAGAAAGGAAGAAUCAUCUCAAAGAUCUGAGGGCAGUUCUACAAUGUUGUCGAGAACAUGGUAUCUCCCUGAAUCCAAAAAAAUCAGUGUUCUGUGUAACUGAAGGCAAACUAUUGGGGCACAUCGUUUCAAAGGAAGGCAUCAAGAUUGAUCCUGAAAGAGUCAAUGCAAUCCAACAACUCAGCCUGCCUUCAAAUCGGACUGGAGUAAGGUCAUUUUUCAAUUCUGCAGUGAAAAGUAUUUUGACUCGGCAGGAAGUUGGGCUCAACAAAAGAGUGACAUGGGUAACCAAAAUUCAGGAAUAUGAUCUAGAUAUUCGUCCUACAAAGACGAUUAAAGGACAGGGCUUAUGCAAAUUGAUACCAGAGAAUAAGGUGGAAACAGAUGAAGAGCUACCAUUGACUCUAUUUGUUGGGUUGCAAGAUACAUGGUUUUCUGACAUAGCUUAUUACUUGACCUAUGGUAUUUGCCCGAGUCAUUUAUCAACUAAAGAACAAAGGAAUCUCAAAUUAAAAGCAGCUAAGUAUGUUAUCUGGCAAGAUGUUUUGUAUAAAAAAGUCUUGGAUGGUACCUAUUUGAGAUGUGUAGAUAAGCCAAAACAGCGGAAGCUUCUAGGAGUUUAUCAUAAUGAAGCCUGCAGUGGACAUUUCUCAUCCUCAGUAACCGCUUUUAAGAUUAUACGAAAUUGUUUUUAUUAG